CUCCAGAAGUUACAGCAGAAGGCUCUGCAGCAACCUAAGCAGAAGAAAUCCAAGUCGGCUGAAUUUCUGAUGGGUGAAGAUGAGAGCGCUGCUGUGGUGGGCAUUGAAAACCCAGCCUUCGAUGGAGGAGGAAGCACCGAGCUUUCCCUUCCUCCGGUUUGGCUGCGGAGAGAAAUUCGAGGUGACAGGCCAGAUAGCACCCUUGCAGCUCACCAAAAAAAAAUGGAGCUGCAAGCCCCUGCCAAAGAAAGAGGAAAUGAACGUGCCCAAAAUUACUUUGACCCAACGUCGGCGGAGCAGACAGACCCAAGGCAUUGCAGGAUGGGUGGGGUCAACACUGAAGAUGAGCUGGAAUUAACAAUAUUGAAUGCAGAUGAAAACAGGCUGUAUCAAAGAAUGGCUGCAUUGCUGGAUGAUGAAGAUACCUUCAUAGACAUACCUGGUACGCUGCUAGCCUCCAGGGAUGAGGAGGUGUUAGAGGUGAAGGCGGGUGAUCCGGUGCUUCAGCGGCGACUGCUGCUCCAUGGUGGUGGUGAUGCCUCAGGCUCCAGGCCCUCCCAGGCCCAUAACAUUGCCAAAGCCCAGGCUGCGGCUAAUGCUGGGCUUGGAGGAGAAGCUGGACUGGAAGCAGGGAGGAUGGUAAUGGGCAAAGAGAGCACUGUAAAAAUGAAGACAGCUGAGGAGGUGAUCCCCCACUACGCCCAGCAGCUGAGGGAGUGUGUGCGACCUGACAUGAUCACGCUUGGCAGCCUUUCACUGCAGCAGCAAGCUGCUCAGAAGGGACCGCUGAAGAAGGAUGAGUGGGCAAAGAGAAAGAAGAGACUAAUGGCCUUCUUCACUCAGAAUGCUGUGGAGCCCCAUUCACAAAGAGACUGUGACGAGGCAGUGAGAGAGGCACCACAGCCCAGGCUGAACACACUGCUUCAGUGUGCACGUAGUAUAGGAACCCUUGAAAGCCCGUCACUCAGAGCGCUGGGGGAAGGCCAAGAGGAAGCUACGGCCGAAUACGGCCAGAUGACAGAGCUCCCAGAAUCCUCCUUUUCGGCAUCACGGCCCCUGCGGCAGAUGAACCAGAGCACAACUCCUCAGCCUGUGGAGGUGCGUAUAUGUUGUCUACGGGCCACCAGAGACAAGCUUCCCAGGGGCCUCUACACUGUCAGUGUGGCCCUUCACAGCAGCCUGGGGGGUCCGGCCCUGGCCUGGUGCAGUAAGAAAGAGCAGCAACAACGGACAGUGUCCACUGACCCGGUCGAACAUCGGGGACGCUUCUACGACACCGACCUACACAUCAACCAGCACCUGUUCAUGAUCUUGCCUGCAGCCUGUGAGGUUGUCCCCUCCAUGGUCCUGGUAUUCCAACUGAUUGCGCUACCAGGAGAGAGUAGCCACAUUAGCACCGUGCUGGCUUGGGGGGCAUUUCCUGUUUGUGGCCCAAGCCUGGGUCUUGUCCAGGGCAGGUACAAAACCCCGAUGACCAGGGGAGAACCCAACUCACAACUGGACCAGUUUAAAAAAAUUGAAGCCCUCAUCUCCUCUGAUCUAGACCACUGGCUGUGCAACUUGUACUUCCAGGUAAAGAAACUCCCGCAUGGAACAUCUGGGGUGCCGGAGCGCUCCGUCACCCUAUCGAUACCCCUUUCAAACCCCCCAGUCAUGCCCCAACCUGAGGUCCAUCACGAGCAACUGCCACACCAGCCCCAGUCCCCAUCACGGUCCCAGCUCCGUCCACAGGCCAUGCAUCCCCAGUCCCAGCUGUACCCCCAACACGAACCUCAUGUGGGCCCCAGCAGUAGAGCAGGAGAGCCAGCUGUGGUACAUUCUCACCAGGGGUCUCCUCUCCACCUGUUGGCUGAUUCUGCUUGCUCUUCCUCAUCUUUGCCAGGUAGGGUUUACCCCAUUUCUGGAAACAUGGGAGAGAAGAGUGAUCCAUGCAGAGAGAAAGCAGAGGGUGGGAUUCACUACAAGAAGAAGCCAAUCAAGAAGACAAAUAGCUGCGGCCCCAGCAUGAGCGGCAACAGCGCACCGCCUCGGCAGGCAGGCAAACAGAAGAUGCAGCCUUCAAUGGAGAACCUCUCCACGGAGGAGAUGGAGGAGUAUACAUUCUCCCUACAACCAGGACGGAGUGGACCUACUUCCCGCCCCCCCUGUCUGUCCGACCGAGCCCGCUUGGCCCUCCGCAUGCUGCCGUCCGAGCUGGGCCUUCUGUUGCCGCGGCAACAACAACUGCAUAGCUGGCGUGGCUCCGUUCGGCAGCUCGGCCUCAUUAUGCUGCUGCUGGCUUUGAUGUGGUUUGUGAGGCUCUACCUGCAUUACUGCAGCCAGUGGCUCUACCUCCAGGCCAUAGCAGUUCCUGUCAACAAAUUCCAGUUCCACGCACACACGGUGGACCUCGUAUACCAGAGUUCUUUGCUCCACACCCGGGAGGAGCUGGUGAUGGUGGUGGUGGGUCCCCUGACCUUGAACGCAGUAACGUUCCUGCUGGUUCUGAUCAGAUGGGGCUGUCAACAGAUAUUUGGCUCACUCCCUUCCUUCACGUCAAAGUUUAUCAUGGCUCAGGGAGUGUGGACAGUCCUCAACCCUCUGGCAGUCUUUGCAGUGGACGCCGUCCUCGGGCGUCUUGCCUACAGCCCAGACGCACCAGUGGGUGAUGCAGCCAAGCUUUACUGGCACUUCUAUCGAGCUGACCAAUCAGGUGCAGCGGGAGUGAUCAUUACCCUCUUUCUCUACGCAGUACUUCUCCUUCUGUCCAUCACCAUCCUCUCCAUAUAUAUUCUCAGAUUCCACAAUGAUGGUCGCAUGCUGGAUGUCUUCCAGAGGCUCACAGCCAAAGAGGGGACAUACUUCCUGCCUCAAGACCUGGAGCUGUCCAAUCAGGAGCUGAGCUACAUUGUCAAGAAGGCAGAGCAGUGGAGAGGCUUCAAUGGGGAGAGGCGCAAGGUGGCAGUCUACGACCAUAUCUGGACAGCAGAGGACCCCUCGGUGGGCUCUGCAGCCCCCAUUGAUGACCCUCAUAGGGAGAGUUACCACCUACCAGAGGGUGACACCAGCAUCCAUGUGGCAGUCUACACCCUGUACCUGAGCGGUCUCAAACAAAGAUACAGGCACUUCCUCCGACAACCAGAUGGGGCUAUCACUGAGGUGGUUGGUGACAUGGAGGUGGUUGGUGACCAGGCGAGCAGGAUGGUACCGUGCCCGGGUCAGACAUCUGCCAAUCAGAAGCUGGACAAGGAAGGCAGAAGCGAUCUCCACCAGCUACGGAAACGGAAGAAGCUAUUUGGGCGGCGCAAGGAGAUGGGGAUCCAGGCUGAUGUCGUUGAGGGCCAGGCUUUAAAGGUUUUAUAG